AACUUGUUUAUGGUGACGUCACGGCGCAGUCUUUUCAGUCUCUCUGGGUGGCGGCAGACAGUCUGUCAGCGUCUCAAACACGACUUCGAAUAAAACAGUGAAAACACGGAACAUUAACACAAACAUGAAUCUACAUCGCAGCUAAAGGAUCCAAUGGGAAGACAGAGUCUGGCUGUGCGCAUACUGAAAGGGAGUGCUGAGAGUCACCUGAGAAGUUGUACAAUGCAGUGAACCAAAUGGGGCAUUGCAGUACCCGAAUCAUCGUCCUAUUCCUGCUUCAAUUCUUAUGGACAUCAGCUAAAGAUGUCUCCAUUGACUGCAUGUGUGUCGGCAGUGACUGUAAUGAGCAGCAGUGCACUGGAGACCAGUGUUACACCUCUGUUAUCAUUAGCAACGAUGUGACAACGUUCAAACGUGGCUGUCUUGUCGGGUCGGAGAGCAAGCGCAUGACCUGCUCCGCAACACCCUCUGCUAGUCAUGUCGUAGAAUGCUGCUCCCAACACAUGUGCAACGCCAACGUCUCGAAAGAGACCCUUCUUCGACUACUGCUGACAGAAGGAGAGGCAGCUGUGCAUUACCGUGUGGAGAUGCUGGUUCUCUUUGUGUUGGGGCCGUUUGUGGUUCUGGGAUUGCUAUCUGUGCUGGCUUUGCUGGUGUGCCGUAGACUCCAUCAUGGGCGUCUGGAAAGACUGCAUGAGUUUGACACUGAGCAGGGGGCCAUUGACGGGCUCAUUGCAUCUAAUGUCGGAGACAGCACACUUGCGGAUCUGAUGGAUCACUCCUGCACAUCAGGCAGUGGUUCAGGACUGCCAUUCCUGGUGCAGAGGACGGUUGCACGGCAGAUCAGCCUGGUAGAGUGUGUUGGUAAGGGACGGUAUGGGGAAGUGUGGAGAGGUCAGUGGCAAGGAGAGAAUGUAGCCGUGAAGAUCUUCUCCUCCAGAGAUGAGAAGUCAUGGUUUAGAGAGACAGAAAUAUACAACACUGUUCUACUACGACAUGAAAAUAUAUUAGGAUUCAUGGCUUCUGAUAUGACCUCCCGAAACUCUAGCACUCAGCUGUGGCUCAUCACACACUACCACGAAAACGGCUCUCUCUACGACUACCUGCAGCGUGUUGCCGUGGAUAUGGCAGAUGGACUGCACAUGGCGGCGUCAGUAGCCAGCGGACUGGUGCACCUGCACACGGAGAUCUUUGGCACUGAGGGCAAACCGGCCAUCGCUCACAGAGACCUGAAGAGCAAGAACAUCCUGGUGAAGAAAGAUCUGCAGUGCUGCAUCGCUGACCUGGGUCUGGCAGUAACACACACGCAGUCUGACAAUCAGCUGGAUGUGGGAAAUAAUCCUAAAGUGGGAACUAAGCGCUACAUGGCACCGGAGGUUCUGGAUGAGACCAUUCAGACAGACUGUUUCGAUGCCUAUAAGAGGGUGGACAUCUGGGCCUUUGGGUUGGUGCUGUGGGAGAUCGCUCGCAGGACCAUCAGUAACGGAAUUGUAGAGGAAUACAAGCCGCCUUUCUACGACCUGGUGCCUAAUGACCCCAGCUUUGACGACAUGAGGAAAGUGGUUUGUGUGGAGCAACAAAGGCCAUUCAUUCCCAACCGCUGGUUUUCAGAUCCUACCCUGUCUGCUCUGGUGAAGCUGAUGAAAGAGUGCUGGUACCAGAACCCCUCGGCUCGACUCACUGCCCUGCGCAUCAAAAAGACUCUGGAUAAGAUCCACAGCUCACUGGAGAAGGGCAAAACCGAUUGCUGAGGAGAGAGGGCCGCAGAACUACUGACCGCUCGCCCGCUCAUUAUACAGACACUGUGUGCAACCAGAACGUUGGAUUUGAGCACUGGCAUCUGUCCCAACUCUAACAUGCUGUUUAUUUGCUUUGUUCUUCCUGUCCAUUGGCCUAAAAACUUUUUAUAGAGAAUUACGCUCUCUUUUAUGGAUCAUUUUUCCCACUGAACCCGGUGGGACUCCCAUUUCCCCUCCAGAAACAGCAUAAAGGAGAAAAAUGUGGACACGGUCUGACAGGCCUUGAAUUGAACCUUCCAUCAUGGAAUUUUUUUUUUUGCACCAUCACAUUGUCUAUUUAACCACUGGCAAACUUUUAAGAUUUCUACUUUUCGGGAAAACGAAGAGGACAGAAACACACGCUGAAAUGCAAUCAGUACCCAUAGUGUGUGUGUAUGUGUGCGCAUGACAACCAGAAGAACUUUAUAGCUGUAAUGUCACUUGCUUUUAGAAAUCAGAUGUUUUUGAGCUUUUCAAAGGUUCUUGUAGAAAAAUAGGCAAAAGUCAGUCACAGUUUCUGAAUUUGCUAUAGUGGACUUGUGUUAUAAAGCUCUUUGGUUACAAAAUGCCACGAUGUACAGUAGAAAUUAGGCCUGUUUAGUGAUCAGAAUGGAGUGGUUAGAGAUAGUUCACCCAAAAUUGAAAAAUGUGUGAUCAGCGUGAACAUUUAAAGAAUGUUCACGCUGCUCUUUUUCCAUGCAGCGUGUGCAUUUAGUGACCAGGGACUGUCAAGCUCCCUGAAAGUGAAAGAAACAUAGGAAAAAUGGUCAUAUGGUUUAUGGAACAACAUGAGGAUGAGUAAAUGGGGACAGAAUUUGAAUAUAUUUUUUGGGUGAACUAUCCCUUUAUCCCUUUACUCUGGUCAUGCUCAGAGCACCCCAUGAGGGCUUCCUUUGACAUAAGGCCUUUCUGACCUGUUGCCUCUACGCCUGCCUGACAAAAGCCAUUGUAGCACAUCGUAGUGCUUUUUUGUAGCAGUUUGUCUUUCUCUUUGCCCUCACCGGCAUGUGUACUUGACGUUUCUUCACUGACAAUCAGCCGCUGUCCAUUAGGGCCUGAAUUAUUUGCUAAUGUUAUGUACAAAACCCUACUUAUUAUGAGUGUUCAAGGUGAUUUGUCAACACGCUAACAGAGCUAGUCAUAGUCAUAAACAGUCUCUGGUUUUGUGAAUUUGCAUAUUUGUUUACCCUCACGCUUUUUGACACUUUUGUAUUACAGUUUUCAACAUACACACCAUAAACCGAGAGAAUGCUGAAGAUUUUAAAUGUUUUUGACUAUUUAAAAGUGCAACAUCACUCUAAUAUUGGGUUUACAAAGGAAAACACUAUCGUUAUGUCCCAAGUCGAAAUGGUUUGGGUUGAGUUGUGUGACGCUUUAUUAAGAAUUUGUUAAUGCUGUCAUGACACUACAUGAGACGGCUGCAUACCGCUCAACACUGGUCACUUUUGCUCUUCCAAAAACAGACAAACGUUUACAUAUUUGAGUUCUACAGGGGAACGGUGUUAGGAAUUAGACUACAGGAAUUGUUGCAUUAUGAACUGUGAAUGUUAUAAUGAAAGAAACCCUAUGUAUGAUGUUACUGGAAUAUAAAUGCAACACACAAUUAUGAAUUAAAAAAAAAAAAUCUGCUCUUUUCAUUCGUUGCAACAGUGGAAUGGUUUUUCUGUCAUGUCCUUGUGCUUAACAAAAGGUUUCCCAUGCUGUGAUAAUGCUUACUUUUUAGCCGUAAAUUUCUAGAAUCGUGUUGUGGAUUAUCAUGCAUCUGUCAUGAGUUUUCCUGUACAGGGAGAUGAGCUAAAUGAAGCCUUAGGAAAGGUUCCCCAUUGUCUGAGUCUGCUGGGAAAUGACCUUCGUAUCUGUGGUGAUGUUUACAGGAGGUCUGCAGCCUCUCUCUGAUAAACCAGUGCUUUUAUAGCUGGUAGUACAUCGGCUGAAGCUAAUGAGAAUGUAAAUGCCAACCGACUUGCAGACACAAGAUCAGUUGUAGACCGCUUUAGUAACUGUCUUUAAAAAUUGGCUCUGAAAUAAGCUUAGAUGUAGUUCCAUUGCAUUCUUCCAGAUGUAGCUUUCCUGUUAGAAAGGAACAAUAUUUGUUUUCCAUUUAGCAUGAUGGACAGAUCCUUUAUGAAUUCAUUUGUAUGUGAUGGGGAUG